AUGAGCUUCGGGUCAGGCGGCGGCUUUGGAUCUAGUGGUGGCUUUGGCGGUGCCGGUGGGAGGGGAGGAGCUGCGCCCUGUAUCUACUUCCAGCGGGGCUCGUGCAAGUACGGGGACAAUUGCCGUUACGACCACGACCUGAGCAACACAAGCACGAGCAGAAGCGGCGGCGGCGGCCCCGGCGCAUCAGGUGCUUCCGGGUGGGCCAAAGCUGGUUUCGGAGGCGGGGGCUUCGGUGGAGCUCCUGCUUCCGGGAACGGCGGCAACCAGGGCCAACCCGCCCAAAGUCGUGGCGGGGGGCUCGGCACAGGUGGGGGUUUCGGGACCGGAGGCGGCUUUGCCACGGGCACGGGGUUCGGCGGUGGUGGGGGAGACGCAGCGGGGUGGGCAAAAGCUGGUUUCGGGGGCGGGGGCUUCGGUGGGGGGUCUGCGGCAAGGAACAACCCGAGCCAGCCCGCGGGAGACGCAGCGGGAUGGGCAAAAGCUGGUUUCGGGGGCGGGGGCCUCGGUGGGGGGCCUGCGGCCGGGAGCAAGCAGAGCCAACCCCCGCCGCAAGGUAGUAGCGGGGGCUUCGGCGCGGGUGGGGGCUUUGCUGCAGGCGCGGGGUUCGGCUCGUUCGGUCCUGGGUUUGGCUCCAACGGGGGUGGGGUCGGGGGUGGGGUAGGCUCGCGGGGAGGUGGGGCAAGGGCCGGCGGAUCUAGCAACACAGGCUUCGGCAACAACGGCUUCGGCCCCAGGGGCAGCGGCUUCCGUUCUUCGGCAGCAGGCGCCGUACCACCAGAGGUGAUGAAAAGAUGGCACACAGACGAAGACCUCAUCAGCCCCGCGGACUUGAGGGCACACGAGGCGCCGGCGUUCACAACCGGCAGGAUUCCUGUGGACCCGCCGCCGCGCCGUUUCUGUGAAUAG